AUGUUGAGAUGUCGAGGAGUGGUCACGUGUGGCACGGCCGGUGCGCGGGCGCCGCCUAGCUCUCCCGGUGGUCUGCGGGGGGCGGGGUCGCCGCGGCCACUCGGAGCGCUCGCCCCGCCGGCCCCGCACCCCGUGAACCUCGCUUAUCGCACCAUCAACCUAACUUGUAAAUUAAAUUACUCUUUUCCUAUUUCAGAAUCUUCAGUUGGAACGGGUGCUGGGUGCUUCCCAUCUGGGGCAAUGGUCCACACGGAAGCUGGUCCAAGAGACAUAAGCACGUUGCAACUAGGAGAGCGAAUAUUGGCUGCUGAUGAUAGCGGCAAAGCGAUUUAUUCAGAGGUUCUUACCUUCAUCGACCGAGAUCCAAAUGCGACAAAAAGCUUUAUCGAAGUCACCGCGGAAAAUGGUGUGACCAUCACCACGACCCGGUCACAUUUACUCCUAUUAGCCUCAGCUGACGGAUGGAGAGAAGUCUUCGCAGCUGAUGUCGAAAUAGGUGACGUCCUAUUAACAAGAGGGCAAGGACCUGUUAUGCGACCUUCUAGAGUUAUUAAAACGAAAAUUGUCACUAGAAAAGGUAUUUAUGCGCCACUCACGAAGUCUGGGACAAUUAUAGUUGAUGAUGCUUUAGCGUCAUGUUAUGCGAUAGUCAAUAGUCACUCGUUAGCACACGCUGCCAUGGCUCCUCUUCGAUGGAUGUCGAGUUGGAGUAAGUCUAAUGAGUUAUCGAAAGGCGUACACUGGUAUGCAAAUGCUUUAUACAAUAUUGGCGAUUUUGUUCUACCAUCAUCAUACAAAUAUCGCUAG